ACAACUAUUUUCCGUCACUUGUGCUAAGUUAUGUGUCAGCAUAUGAAACAGCAUGCUAAUAUAUAAUGCAAUAAUUUAAUGCAGGGGGUAGGCUAGCCCGUAUGAGAGUUAUGUAUGUGUGUUAGCAGUGUUCUAUCCACAUAAACUUUUAUUGCGAUGUAAUUGGCUAAUCCACCGUAAUAAGUGCAGAACUAAUGCUACAACAACAACACAUUUGGAUAUAAUUCAGUAGUGUACGCAGUCAUGAAUUUCAUGAAGCUACAAUUUUCAAUAAUGAAACCGAACACGACUAGUUUCUAUUCUCCCUUAGCUUUCUGCGACGUCCAAAGGGGCGGGAUCUGGAUGAGCAAGACAGCGCAAUAUUGAGCGCAUUGUCCGUUGAUUGGAUUGGAGUUAGGAUACUGUUUUUUGAUUGGUUUGUCGGUUAAGUGGGAUUGCUUAACAGCCAGCUGUCUGUAUACGAGGAAAGGAAAGCUAUAUUCACUGUGUGGACUUGGAUAGUGAAGUGGGAUCCAUGCGAAUUGAACGCAAAUGUCAAGCGUCACCUACAUUUGAGGAGUUGGAUCAAAUACGUCAUUGAAAAUUGGUGUCAUUUACAACAGUCUGCAAGACAUGUCACAAUGGAGUAUACUUCAGCAGCUGGACUCCAGGUACCUGGAGCAGGUGGACCAGCUUUAUGACGAUACCUUCCCAAUGGAGAUCCGACAGUACCUGAGCCAGUGGAUCGAGAGCCAUGACUGGGAGUCGGUGGCCACCAGUGAUUCCUUGGCAACGGUGCGCUUUCACGACCUUCUCGCCCAGCUGGACGACCAGUACAGUCGCUUCGCCCUGGAGAACAACUUUCUGCUGCAGCACAACAUCCGCAAGAUCAAACGCAACCUGCAGGAACACUACCAGGAGUAUCCCAUGACUAUGGCAAUGCUCAUCUGCAAUGCACUACAAGAAGAGAAGAAGAUCCUCAACAUGGCCAUUAAAACAGAGGAGGGGGCAGGCUCGGCACAAAACAGCAACAGCAUGGGAAGGAAGCACAGAGAGCUCGACAACAAAGUGAGCAAGCUGAGGAAGAUGGUGCAGGAUACAGAAAUUGAUAUCAAAUCAUUAGAGGACCUUCAAGAUGAACAUGACUUCAAGAAGAAAACUAUCCAAAACCGAGACCAGGAACCGAACGGGGUGAAGACUCUGGAGAACAAGCGUGAGGAGAUGCAGAUCAAGGACAUGUUCAUCAAACUCAAAGUGAAGAGAGAGCACGUGAUCCAGCAGGUAGCUGAGUGCCUGACCAUGACAGAGCACAUCCAGUACAGCCUGAUCACGGAGGAGCUGCCCGACUGGAAGAGGCGCCAGCAGGUAGCCUGUAUCGGCGGCCCCCCUAACACCUGCCUCGACCAGUUGCAGUCAUGGUUGACGUCGGUGGCGGAAAGCCUGAAGCAGGGGCGUCAGCAGCUAAGAAAGCUGCAGGAGCUGGUGCAGAAGUAUAUGUACGAGCAGGACCCCAUCGCCCUGGGCGUCAACAAGCUCGAGGAACGCGCCACGCUACUGCUCAAGAACCUUAUAGUCAGCUCCCUGGUGGUAGAGAGGCAGCCCUGUAUGCCCACGCACCCACAGAGACCCCUGGUCAUCAAGACAGGAGUGCAGUUCACCGUCAAGCUCAGAUUGCUGGUAAAACUCCCUGAGCUGAACUGCCAGUUGAAAGUCAAAGUCCUGUUUGAUAAGGAUGUGGUGGAGCGCAAUACUGUGAGAGGGUUUCGAAAAUUCAAUAUCUUGGGCACCAACACUAAGGUCAUGAACAUGGAAGAGUCCAACGGGAGCUUGGCUGCCGAGUUUCGUCACCUGCAACUAAGGGAGCUGAGGGCGACUGGGAACCGAACAAAUGAGGGUCCACUCAUUGUUGCAGAGGAGCUGCAUAUCAUUUGCUUCGAGACGCAACUCAACCUGCCUGGACAAAACCCCAUUGAUCUAGCGACCACAUCUCUCCCCAUUGUGGUCAUCUCGAACGUGGCCCAGAUGCCAAGUGCCUGGGCCUCAGUGCUGUGGUAUAACAUGCUGACCAGCGAGCCCAAGAACCUGUCAUUUUUCCUCAGUCCCCCCGUGGCCAGCUGGGGCCAGCUCUCCGAGGUCCUCGGCUGGCAGUUCUCCUCCAUCACCAAGCGCGGCCUCAACAAUGACCAGCUAAGCAUGCUGGGAGAUAAGCUCCUUGGUCGGGAGGCUGGGGGGAAUCCAGAGGGCCAGGUACCAUGGACCAAGUUCUGCAAGUCAAGUGACAGGGGGUUCUCUUUCUGGUUGUGGAUGGACUCCAUUCUGGACCUGAUAAAGCGCCACUUGCUCAGCCUGUGGAAUGACGGGUGCAUCAUGGGAUUUGUGAGUAAGGAGUGUGAGAAGGUGCUGCUGAGGGAUAAGCAUCCGGGGACCUUCCUGCUGCGCUUCAGCGAGAGCAGCAAAGAGGGAGCCAUCACCUUCACCUGGGUAGAACACACUAUCAGCGACGGGCCAAUGGUCCAUGCGGUGCAACCCUACACAAAGAGAGAGCUGGCAGCCAUUUCCUUUCCAGAUAUCCUGCGCAAUUACAAAGUCAUGGCUGAAAACAACCUGUCAAUCAACCCUUUGGUCUUCCUCUAUCCCAACAUCCCCAAGGACAAUGCGUUUGGACGUUACUACAGCCGACCUACAGAGGAGGAACGCUCAGAACCAAUGGACGUUGAGGAUGCAAACCGUUCAAGCGGUUAUAUAGCCACUGAACUCAUCUCAGUGACUGUGAAAGAACCCAGACUGCAGGAGUCCAUCGGUUUACCUUUGAGCCCAGAGGACUUCAACGAUUACUCCAAUAUAGUCCCAGAAGACAUAGACUCACUGAUGAACGAUGCAUUUACCCGCUAGCACCUAAAACUCGGGCAGUGUGUCCAGCUAAAGCCCCAUCCUUACUCUGUUUUCACUCUGUCUCCAUGACAAUCCUGCUCAUGAGGACAUCAUAGGAAGAGCUCACAGCUCUCAACGGUACAUGUGUAUAUACCAACCAUCAAAACAUUCAUUUAUCUCUGUGUUGAAGUGCUUUAACUUACAAUAGCUUUCAAUAGGAGCAACCAUGUUUCAUUUUUUAUUUUAUUUUCAACAGAUAAUCUUUGCAUUGUGUAACAUUAUGGCAUGUGAUACAGUACUUUUGGAUGUGCCUUUCUGAAAGGUUUCAGACACACACACACAGGCUUCAAGAAAAAAUGAUGUGCCGCUGUAUUGAAAGUUUCGCUUUAUUUAACAUUGUUCAUUAAAAUAAAUAUAUGUGGUGUUGUACUGCA